AUGACCACCACACCAACAACCUACCUCCCACCCCCCCUCCCCACAACCUCCAUAACAUCUCUAAUCCUCUCCCUCUCCCUCCCCGCACCAACAACCAUCUCGCCCCUAAACGUCUCCGCCGCCUUCCACACAAUCUCCCUCAUCCACUUCGACGCCUCCACCGCAGCAUCAGCAACACCCUCAAUCCCCGCCCGCAAUGACCCCGACGGCAGCAUCACCCUCGUCCUGCGCAUCUCGGGCGCGCAAAUCCCCACCGUCAAGACCCUCAACGAAGUCGCCGUUAUGACCUGGGUACGGCGGAACACAAAUAUCCCCGUCCCAGCGGUGAUCGCGUACUCGGCGAGUAGGGAUAAUCCCCUCGGGUAUGAGUUCACCUUGUUGGAAAGGGUACCGGGGGUGUCUGUUGCAGAGCUAUAUGAUACUCUUGAUGAGGGAAGGAAAAUGAAGCUGGUGGAGCAGUUGGCAGGGUAUGUGGUUGAGUUACAUAGUCAUCCGUGGGAGGGGGGCUAUGUGGGAGGGUUGAGAUUAUCACAUGGUGGCGAUGGGGAGGGGAAGAAGAAGGUGGAGGAGGAGAUAGUGCGUGGUCCGCCUAUUGAAGAGACCUACUGGCAGGUGCCGGAUCUGGAAACAUACUGGUCCGGGACGGACGAGACAUUGGAAACAUUGAAUCCGUUCAAGAGUGAUGGAUAUGCAAGCUACACGGGGUAUAAUAUUGCUUGUGUGGAGCGAUAUACUCACGCUAUUAGCAUCCAUCCAUCGCUAUCUGCGCAUAGGGAUCUCAUUCCUCGGUUGGAGCAGUUCAUCUCAGUCCUGGAAUCAGAUGACAAUCUGAACAAUGUGCCAUAUGUAUUGGCACAUAAGGACCUCCACUUCGCGAACAUCAUGUGCGAUCCAUCGUCCCCCGAGUGCCCCAUCACUGCCGUGCUGGACUGGGAGUUUGCGAGUGUGGUGCCGGCGCCGCGGUGGAAUCCCGUGCGGGCGUUCCUGUGGAAUUAUCGGUAUGGGGUGGAGGAUAAGGCGGAGAGGGAUCGGUUGGAGAGGGUGUUUGAGGAGGUUUGUAAGAGUAGAGGGGAGGAGAGGGUGUUGGAGGGGAUGAGGUUAAGUGAGAGGCAGGAGGGGAUGCAGAAGGUGGUGAAUCAUGUUAGGGCUAUUGUGGAGGUGGGGAUACGGAAUCCAGGGGAGGAAGGAGAAAGGAAAGUGAGGGGGUGGAGGGGGAUGGUGGAGGAGACGCUGAAGGUAUUCAAUGUGUGA